AUGGCAAACGCGUUUUUAGCCGCGAAAAGAAGUAAAGAUCCUUCGACGCAAGUUGGGGCUUGCAUAGUUGAUGACGAUAAAAAAAUCGUCGGGAUCGGUUAUAACGGUUUUCCGAUCGGAUGCGACGACGAUGAUUUUCCAUGGACGAAAAAUUCGGAUUCGCCAUUGGAAAAUAAACAUUUUUACGUUUGUCACGCGGAAAUGAACGCGAUACUAAAUAAAAACAGCGCAAAUAUAAAAGGUUCGAAAAUUUACGUCGUUUUGUUUCCAUGUAACGAAUGCGCUAAAUUUAUAAUACAGUCCGGAAUCAAAGAAGUUAUUUACAUGAGCGACAAACAUCACGAACGUCUACAAACUAUGGCGGCUAAAAAAAUGUUUGCUGCCGCCGGCAUAACUUGCAGGAAAUUCGUACCGAAAAAGAAAAUCAUAGUGAUCGAUUUUGAUGAGAUCGAUACUGAUUUUAGAGAAAAAUCACCUCAACGUCGUAAUUGUGGAAACGUCAAUGGAAAAAUCAAUUAA